AUGAAGGAAAGUAGUUUGGAGUUGGUUGAGUUGAGUAGAAGAAUGAAGAGCAAUGAUGAGAGAAGGGAAAAGUUGGAGAAAGAGGAGGAGAUAGUGUUUUGUGAUAUAUCUAUGGAGGUGAGGUCUAUGGAAGUUACGGUGGUUUGGGUUUUUUGGAAGGUGCAUAGAGGUUUCAGAUUUGUGAGUUUCCGCUUGUAUCGAUUCGGCAUAAAUUCUCUGUGUCCAUGUGAACUGGUUCAUAAUCUCCAAGUUGUAGCUCACAUGAAGAUACAAUUUGUGGUGUCGUGCGGCAGGGAGAACAAAGGCGUGGAACCAGUACAGGUUGAGAGAGGAAGUGGGUGUUAUUGUCGAAUGGUUGGAGAAGGGAGGAAGACGGUGAAAGCUAUGAUCAUUUGGGAUUGUUUUCAGCAUUUUCUGGCAGCAUUUGGGACUGUUAUAGGUUGUUGUUAUAAGGCUGGAAAAUGGGUUGUAUGUGCAACUGCUGUUGGGAUGAUUUACAACAAUUUGGGGCAGAAUUAG